AUGGCACCAUCCGCAACAGCAAACCUCGUGGCUUCCUCGCUCGCCCCACCUACCAAGUCAAUGGACGGUGAUGUCAACGCCCUGGCCUCCAUGGCUCACAGAGGCAAAAGCCUCCCUGGUAUCCCAAAGUUCAGCUCGCACCCUGAGACGCGGCAGUGGCAGCUCGAACACAUGGCGGCAGCCUUCCGGGUCUUUGCUCGCGAGGGCUACGCCGAGGGUAUCUCGGGCCACAUCAGCGUGCGUGACCCGGAGUGGACUGACCGCUUCUGGAUUAACCCGCUCGGUGUGCACUUUGGCCUGCUGAAGGCCAGCGAUAUGAUCUGUGUCGACAUCCACGGCGAGGUCGUUGGUGGCAACACGGCCGGGUCCAUCAACGCUGCCGGGUUCCAGAUCCACAGCGCCGUGCACCACGCGCGGCCCGAUGUGCACGCCAUCUGCCACACACACUCGGUGCACGGCCGGGCCUACUCGGCGUUUGCGCGGCCGCUCGAGAUGAUCAACCAGGACGUGUGCUACUUCUACAACGCACACUCGGUGUACUCGGACUACGGCGGCAUUGCCAACGAGGCAUCAGAGAGCCAGAAGAUCGCAGAGAGCCUGGGCGAGACCGGCAAGGCGGCUAUUCUGAUGAACCACGGCCUGCUGACGACUGGCUACACUGUAGAUGAGGCGGCGUUCCUAUUCUGCUUGAUGGAGAGGAGCUGCAAGGUGCAGCUGCUGGCUGACAGUGCCGGGCACAAGAAGCACAUUGUGAGCGACGCGGAGGCAGCUUAUAACUUCAAGAUGGCCAGCACUCCGGACACGUUGUAUGUAGAGUUCCAGCCGUACUACCAGUACGAGGAGGCACUAUCCAACGGAAGCUUCAAGCAGUGA